AUGCCCGGCCUCAACAAUGAUGUCCUGCUCGAGGUCAUGGCCGCUUCCUCUACAAAAGCCCGCGCUCGCCUCAUGGCUACUUCUCGAGCUCUCUACUCCCACGGCGCUAGACAUCUGCUUCGCGUAACGCCGUACAUUCGUACGGAACAACAGUUGCUCUCCUUCCUCGCCUUCCUUUCCGCCCAUCCCGAUCGCUGCUCCAAGUUCCUCCGCGACAUCGAACUAUCCGACUUCAUCUGGUCGUCUCCGGCAUGCGUCCAACUGGCCGAAGCGCUUUCACGCGCUAGCGGCCUCCAGUGUCUCACAUUGAACGGUAAAUCCUACGGCGCGGGCCCUACUAGCAUCCAAAUCCCUGCCUGGGCCGCAAUCAGCUCUCCCCAGGAGCUACGCCUACGCAACGCCUACGAGACCUGCCUGGACCUGCUGAAGCAGCACCGCUCCCAAUUGAAACGCGUCGUCGUCGACUGCCCACCCAACUUCGACGAAUGCUUUUUCUACGAUCUCCCAGACGACGACGACUGGACCGUGUACCACCCCGUCCACGUGCUCCAGCACCUCGCGCUGACCCUCGAGGAGCUGCGCACCACCGGCUGGUGCACCCACCCCGAAGUCGAGCCAGACGCGGACAUCGUCUACCCACGGCUGCGCACGCUCGCCAUGCGGUACGCCUCGCUCCCGCUCACGCUGGCCCUCGUCCGCGCCUACCCGAACCUCGAGCACCUGUCCUUUAAUCUUCGGCAUGCGUUUCCCGAAGACAUCGAGGAGUAUCACCUGUGGAACCUGAACGCGCAGUUCCUCGCGGGCCGUACCUGGAGGCACCUGCGCGCGUUCGAGGGCGAUCUCGUCGACCUCUACGUGCUGGGCUUAGCGUGCACCAUCGAGCGAGUGACGCUCAGACUGCCCCCCAGGCACCGCGACUGGCCUGGAGUGGAGCUACUCACGCCGGUGCUGGCGGAGGCGCGUCCGCGCCAUCUCGAGCUCGACGGCUGGCCUGGGGACGUCCGCGGGGCACGGGGCGACGGCAAGUUUGCGGUGUUCACAGGGGAAGGUGCGGCGCGGCUGGAGACGCUCACGAUCGAAGGCCCCCUCUGGGGCAUGGAGCACGUCGACGUCGACGUGCGCGCAGUGCUGGACGACCUGCUAGACUCGCUCAAGCACUCGCCCCUGCGCCACUUCGCGCUGCACAUAUACACAGAGCACAUCGACCCGACGAGCGGCGCGCAGCCGGGGCUCCCGCUGGGCGCGGCGGAGCAGGCGGCGCUCGACCUCGACGUGGAGGCGACAUUGGGGCGGUUUGUGGCGGGCAUCCCGACGCUGCGGACGGCGGUGCUGUCGGUGCAGGUUCCGCGCGAUAGGCUGAGGACGCAGAGGGCGGUGUUGGAGGAUGGAAGUGUGAGCUUUGAGGAGGAGCGGGAGGAGCUGUGGAAUGGUCCGUGCCCAGCGGCAGUGUUCCUAGACAGCUAG